AUGCCAUCGGAUGGAAAGAAAACAGGGGGUGGAGGACAGCAGGCUCCUGGGGAUGCCAAAAGUGAAGCCAAAACCAGCACCUCCAAUUCGAGCGCUCCGUCCAAGUACCAAAUCGUCAAGAAAGGAUGGGGAGAUCGAAAAAACUUCCAGCACUCGUAUGGACUCGGUAUGGGUGUGGACGAUUUCGAGGAAGGAAAUGCCAUCCUGGACAAAAUGAUGGAGCAUGACGUGGAGAAUAUGAAGAACGGGAACAACUGA